AUGUCGCCGAAGCGCAAGGGAUCGCACGCCGAGUCUGGACGGUCGCAGCGGCGCAAUGUUCGAGCAGCGCGGGCCGGCCAGGCCCCGCAGGACGACGAUGCAAUGCCAGCGGCCCCCCCAGAGGACCGCUUGGGGUCCUUUCGCGCGUGGUGCCGCGAGCACGGUGUCGAGAUCGACGACACCGUCAUAGACAUACGAACGGGAGUGCCGGCGUGCGCGAGCGGCGCCGGCUGGGCCGUGUUCGCGAAGCAGGACGUCGCCGAGGAGCACGUGCUGGCGCGGGUCCCGAAGUCGGCUGUCCUCUCGUGCCUCACUUCCUCGAUCGCCGAGGUGCUCCAGCACGUCGAGGAGGGCCCGGACCUGGUCCUGGCCGUCGCGCACGAGAUCAAGCGGGGCCGGCAGGGGCGCUGGUGGGGGUACUUCCAGUCGAUGUCCCCCCGGGAGUAUGUGCCCAUGUUCUGGCCCGAGGACGAGCGGGGGUGUCUUGGGGGGACCCCCGCGGACGAGCUCGCGCGGGUGGACCUCGAGGUGACCGAGAGGGACUACGAGGAGCAGUGCGUCCCGGCCAUGCGCCGCCACAAGAAGGUGUGGAGGGGGGCGGAGGACUGGGUGACGCUGGAGGAGUUCCGGCGCGCUGCGUCGCUGGUGUCGUCGCGUGCGUUCUACAUCGACGACGAGCACGGCAACGCGAUGGUGCCUGUUGCCGACAUCUUCAACCACAAGGCGUCCGUCGUGGCCAUGGGCGACGACUGGAAGCUGUGGUCUCCUGGGCGCGGCUCCGCGGACAGCUCCGACAGCUCUGGCGGCGACGUUGCAGCCGACAGCGACGACGGAAACGCGCAGCGGGAGAGAGAGAGCGGCGCGAGCAGCGGGAGCGACGGCGAGGACGAGACCGACGGCGAGGACGGGAGCGACCGCAGCACACCUGACCGGGAGCGCGGGGAGGAGCUCGAGCGGGUUCUGUGGUUCGCGGCUGCAGAGGAGGGGGCGAAAUACGACCCGCUGUUGUCGUCGCGGGCAGGGCUGAGGCUGCACAUCGCGAUCUGCGACGGCGACGACGGCGACGAGGACGUCUUGCACAUCGUGGCAGCAAGCCCGCUGACCAAGGGCAGCGAGGUGUUCAACUGCUACGGCGAGCUCACGAACGCCCAGCUGCUGCAGAAGUAUGCCUUCACGCUGCGGCACAACCCCUUCUCGCGCGUCCGGUUCCCGCGGGACGACUUCACGGCGCGCCUCGCCGAGACAGUGCGGGCCGACGCCGACCCGAACAGCAGGCUGCGGCGGCGCCUGCGGUUUCUCAUGCGGCACACCGAUCUCGUGCCGGUGCCGCACGUGGGGCUGAGCGACGAGGAGAGCGAUCCCUGGGAGCUGCUCGACGACGGCCGGAUGAACCUCGCGGCCUUCUUCGCGCUGCGCGUCCUCUUCGCGACCGACGACGAGUUCGCCCGGUGGACACGCGCUCCCGACAGCAGUGAACACACCCCCCCGCUGUUCGCCGCGCUGGACGACGUGUUGGAGCGGCGGAGCGCGCGGGUGCGCGAGGAGCUGGGAUCUGCGGCGCCCGAGCACCCGUCCCUGCAGCUGCGGGCGCGGUGCGGAGGACGGGACCACGUGGUGGACAUGCACUUCAAGACCGCGCAUGUCGCGUGGCUAUUUCAGGACAUGGACGAGAGCGAUCGCGCGCUCUGUGCGGAUACGCUACGGGCCACGGUGGGCGCUUGGCGGGAACGCAGGAGCAGGGAAGCGGACAGCAAUGCUGCGCCGCUGCGUAGGAUGUGCAAGGAGUGCCCCGCGGACGGCGCGGUGGCGGAGCGGGCGCUGGAGACGAUGCGGGAGAAUGAGGACGAUAUCUUACAGCAGUUUUUGCGGGCGCUCGAGGAAGCUGCCGGCGGGAGGGGGGGGGGGUCCUGA